GCGUCCUUGUCGGAUCCUCCCUCUUGGGCAUGGCUGUCGCUAGCCCAGUCGACCUUGACUCCCGCGCAUCGGGCUGCUCAAGCUACACUCUCAUCAACACUAGAGGUACUGGUGAGGCUCAGGGCCAGUCCAGCGGUUUCACCACCAUGAACAGCAACAUCCGCUCCCAGGUUCCUGGUGGCAAGACCUACAACACCGUCUACGCUGCCGACUACAGCCAGAACUCCGCAGCCGGAACCCAAGACAUCAUCAACAAGAUCACCUCCACCCUCCAAACAAGCCCCAAUGAGUGCUUCAUCCUUGAAGGCUACUCUCAGGGCGCCGCUGCCACUGUCAAUGCUCUUCCCAAGCUAACUGGUACUGCCAACACCGCCGUCAAGGGUGUCUUCCUCAUCGGUGACCCUCUGCACAAGAGCGGUCUCACUUGCAACGUCGACAGCAAUGGUGGCACUACUACCCGCAAUGUCAACGGUAUCUCAUACAACGCAUACUCGAACAGCAUUCCCUCAGGAUGGGUUUCAAGGACCCUAGAUGUUUGCGCAUACGGCGAUGGUGUUUGCGACACUACCCACGGUCAGGGUAUCAAUGGGCCUCAUCUUUCCUACCCUCGCGAUGCCAAUGUGCAGAGCAUGGGUACCAAGUUUGUCGUUGGCAAGCUCACCGGCAGCUCUUAGAAGGCUCGUCAGUAUGUCACCGUAGAAGUUGAUGUAGGAUAUAUGGGUAGCGUCAUCGGUCAGGUCGAUGUCUGAGAGCAUCUUGAGGAUUUGGAAGCCCCAGACCAAUGUACGAUAAAUACUACAAUACACAAAGAUAAUUCGCAGUACUCACCUUGGC